CAUCUGCCGGCCGUCCCGCGUCCAGACGAGUCCACCCAACGCAAGAGCACGCCCCCAAACCCAAAACCCUACCACGCCGCCAAUGGCCUCGCCGCCGCCGCCUGCCUCGCGCCCCGCCGCCGCCGCCGCCCCCGCGGCGGCGAACAACGGCCGUGCCACCUCCGCUUCGCCGGUGGACGCGCUCUUCCUCCAGAACCUGAUGAGCCGUGUCCAGCUCCGCCCGCCCUUCCUCGAUACCAACUCCUUCCUCACCCAGGACCUCGACGACUUCCUCCUCAACGAAUUCGCCGCGCUCUCCGCCGCCACCGGAGCGUCCGAUGAUGACGAUGACGAGGAGGAUGAGGACGGUGGGCUCUCCGGCGGGGAGGGCUCCGAGGAGGCGAGGCGGCGCCGGAUGCUGGCGAGGGAGGAGGCGAAGCUGGAGAAGGAGAUCGUGCGGAUUGUGCUCGCCGGUGAGGCAGAGGAGAAGCUGAAGCCCAACUCGGGUCAGUCCGUGGCUAUCGGCGACCAUCACCUAUGCGUUGGCUUCCACGAUGAGGCCGGCGGGGAGUACCGUGUGUGGGAGUGGCACGGCCACGUCAUGCUCUUCGACGACGAGGACGGAUACUCCGCAGAGUACAUAUACGGCAACCACUUCGAGCCGCUCGCCGCGGCCACAGCCAGGGCCAAGAAGAAGGAGAAGGAGAAGAGGCAGGAGGACCUGAGCAUGGGGCUUCGGGAUUUGGUCGUGGGUGCCGACGAUAGUGCCAAUAGCAGCAGCGGAGGGCCCAGGGUAGUGCGCAGGAACGUUGUCAAUUCCCCUGCCGCGUCUGCAAGGUAAAGAAGGCUGCAACUUGCAAGCAGAGGCAGGUUCUGGCUGCGCAGUAGGAACUACUAUUCUAGAUAACAAAGACGGCACGGCUGAAGACAAGCGUUGCUGCGUAAAGCUGGCCACAUGAAGCAUCUAAUAAAUCAGAAGUUGAUAGUCACAUGAAACAAAUAUCUUGCCGUAUUGGAGGGCUAGAGUCCUUCGUUCCAGUAGCCUAUUUUUGCCGUAUUUAGUACUUGUGUUGAAAUGGAAGGCAUCAUGUUCCUUUGGGGCUCCUUUCAUUUGUUUCUGGAGCUUACAUGUCACGAAGAAUCUUUCUGCUGGUGUUUGUUCAGAACAGCGUGAUGGCUUUGGACCCGCUA